AUGAUGAAUAAUUUCGGCUUUGAUCGAAAACCAUCGGUUACAUCUGUGACUGAAACUGAACGCAGUAUGGUUCAAGCAGAGAUCAAUAUGAUCAAUGCUACUGCUGAUGCCGUCAUUCCAUUAGGCAUUUGGUGUUCAAAAUGGAGAAAAUUUUGGGAUAAUUAUGAAUGGCGUAUGCGACAUUAUUUUUACAUACAUCUAUCGGUAUUUUUCUGCAAUACACUUUUGUGCGGCGUCAUCAUUUGGAACAUUGAACAACAACGUGUAUCCUAUCUCGAUUGUUGGUUUUCGAGUGCAACAUGUGUAUUUACAUGUGGAUUGGAAACUUACGAUUUUGGAUCAUACAGUCUAGCAUCACAAAUUGUAUUACUUAUUUUUACUGUAAUUUCAGGCAUUACGGUCAGUACACUUCCUGCUAUUUUCAUCAAGAUUUAUCGAGUCAAACGCGAAAUAACACCUGAUGAAGAAACACUUUCAUCGACUAUCAAUGACAAUAGCUUACCAAUUACAAAACUUGUUCGAAUCAAUUCUACUGAUCCCAUAUUGGACCAACGUCUUCGAUUACUGCCUAGUCCAAAAGAUCUUCGUACUACAGCAUAUAUCAUCCUAAUUAUUCUCAUUCUUUCGACUUGUUUCGCUAUUUAUCUUAUCUCAUUUCUUACCAUUAGUAUGUGGCUUAAAUAUCAUUAUGAUCCACAAUUUUUACGUCAAGACAACAGAACAGUGGAUCCGUUCUAUGCUUCAAUUGUCAUCACUCUGACCGGUUUCAAUCAAAAUGGCCUUUCACUAUGGUAUCGUAUUUAA